CACUCCCUCCAGUUUCUGCCGCCUCGGAGGCGCACAGACUGGUGGUCACUGUGGCUCACCCAUUUCCCCCGCAGCCAUUUUUUAUUUAGAAGAUGUAACCUUGAUUGAUCUUGCACAACAAAGUUGGAUCCGUGUGACUUGCCGUCAACAUUUCUCGUUUCUUUUGCGCUACGGAGUGAUGCGCAGUGGAUGGAUCGCGCUGGGAAUAAAACUUGGGUUGCGCGCUGGCGUGGCACGUCAGUUGUGUCCGCGCUUGGAUAGAUAGAGGCUGUUUCUUUCUGUCAUGGUCUCAACAUUCGCGGUGAGUUCGCCUGGAGCACUAUGGAGGGAAGAAAGAGACUUUUCUGCUGUAUUCUCUUCGCGGCGCAGCUUUGCCUGAGCUCGGCACAAGUCCUCAGAAUCGGUGGUAUCUUUGAGACCCGAGAGAGCGAGUUGGUGAGCAUGGACGAGCUCGCUUUCAAGUUUGCUGUGAAUAACAUAAACCGCAACAAGACCCUGAUGCCCAACACCACUCUGACCUACGACAUUCAGAGGAUCAACCUCUUUGAUGGAUUCGAGGCUUCCAGGAGAGUGUGUGACCAGCUCGCUCUCGGGGUGGUUGCAGUGUUCGGCCCUUCUCACAGCUCCUCGGUCAGUGCUGUUCAGUCCAUCUGCAAUGCUCUGGAAGUCCCUCACAUACAGACACGCUGGAAACAUCCGUCAGUGGACAACAAAGACACCUUCUUCAUCAAUCUGUACCCUGAGUACACCGCCAUCGCCAGGGCCAUCCUGGACGUAGUCACAUUCUUCAAAUGGAGGAAGAUGACGGUGGUGUAUGAGGACAGCACAGGUCUUAUGCGGAUGCAGGAGCUGAUCAAGGCUCCAGCAAAGUUCAACUUGAAGAUCAAGAUCCGCCAGCUGACCCCGGGUAACCAGGACGCUCGACCGCUGCUUAAGGAACUGAAGAAAGACAGAGAGUUCUUUAUUAUCUUUGACUGCUCCUAUCGCAUGGCUGCAGAGCUCCUGAAGCAGCUUUCAUCGAUGGGGAUGAUGACCGAGUACUACCAUUUUUUCUUCACGACUUUGGAUUUGUUUGCGCUGGAUUUGGAGCCGUACCGCUACAGCGGGGUCAAUAUGACGGGCUUCAGACUGCUGAACAUCGAUGACCCGUGGGUGACUUCUACGAUGGACAAAUGGGCCAUGGAAAGACUGCAGGGUCCCAAACAAGAGAUGGGCCUGAUGGACGGAGUCAUGACUACAGACGCAGCCUUGAUGUAUGACGCAGUGUUUAUGGUCGCUGUUGCAUCCCAGCGUGCCACUCAGAUGACCGUCAGCUCCCUGCAGUGCCACCGCCACAAACCAUGGCGUUUCGGACCACGCUUCAUGAACCUUUUCAAAGAGGCACAGUGGGAUGGACUGACGGGGCACAUUGUCCUUAAUAAGACAGAUGGCCUGAGGAGAGACUUUGAUUUGGACAUCAUCAGCCUCAAAGAGGACGGCACUGCCAGGAUUGCCGUGUGGAACUCGUACAAGGGGAUGAACCUGACGGAGAAGUCCAGUCGAGACAAGAAUAACAAUGUGACAGACUCUCUGGCUAACAGGACUCUUAUUGUCACCACAAUACUGGAAAAUCCUUACGUGAUGGUAAAGAAGUCAGAGAAGGAGCUGGUUGGUAAUGACCGUUAUGAGGGCUACUGUCUGGAUCUUUUAAAAGAGCUCUCCAACAUCUUGGGUUUUACGUAUGAAGUCAGGCUUGUGGGUGAUGGGAAAUACGGAGCCCAGAAUGACAAAGGGGAGUGGAACGGGAUGGUCCGAGAGCUGAUCGACCAUGUUGCAGACCUCGCUGUAGCUCCUCUGACCAUCACCUAUGUUAGAGAGAAGGUCAUCGACUUCUCCAAGCCCUUCAUGACUUUAGGUAUCAGCAUCUUGUACCGGAAACCUAACGGCACCAACCCGGGCGUGUUCUCGUUUCUUAACCCUCUGUCUCCUGACAUCUGGAUGUAUGUGCUGCUAGCCUGCACAGGAGUCAGCUGUGUGCUCUUUGUGAUUGCCAGGUUUACUCCGUACGAGUGGUACAACCCACAUCCAUGCAAUCCUUCCUCAACUCUGAUACAGAACAAUUUCACUUUACUCAACAGUUUCUGGUUUGGCGUUGGAGCUCUCAUGCGGCAAGGCUCAGAGCUGAUGCCUAAGGCCCUGUCUACUCGUAUAGUUGGGGGCAUCUGGUGGUUCUUCACUUUGAUCAUCAUCUCCUCCUAUACGGCCAACUUAGCAGCCUUUCUGACUGUGGAACGAAUGGACGCACCCAUCGACUCGGCAGACGACUUGGCCAAACAGACGAGGAUUGAAUAUGGAGCUGUUAGAGACGGAUCCACAAUGACCUUCUUCAAGAAAUCAAAGAUCUCCACCUAUGAGAAGAUGUGGGCCUUCAUGAGCAGCAGGAAGAACACAGCGCUAGUUAAGAAUAACAGGGAAGGCAUCACUCGGGUCUUGACAACAGACUACGCCAUGCUGAUGGAGUCCACCAGCAUCGAGUACAUCAGCCAGAGAAACUGCAACCUCACACAGAUCGGAGGUCUCAUAGACUCCAAGGGCUAUGGAGUGGGAACACCUAUUGGUUCCCCAUACAGAGAUAAAGUCACCAUCGCCAUCCUUCAGCUGCAGGAGGAAGGGAAACUGCACAUGAUGAAGGAGAAGUGGUGGAGAGGCAACGGCUGUCCAGAGGAGGACAACAAAGAGGCCAAUGCUUUGGGCGUGGAAAACAUUGGCGGUAUCUUCAUCGUCCUGGCCGCCGGUCUGGUUCUGUCCGUGUUUGUGGCUAUAGGAGAGUUCAUCUACAAGGCCCGCAGGAACGCUGACAUAGAGGAGGCCUUUUGUUUCUUUUACGGGGUGCAAUCCCGUCAGUUUCAACGUCGCGGUUCCACCUCUUCCUCUGGCACCUCUUUGUCUACCGAUCUGGAGAGCGGCAGGCUGCUGGGGGAUGACACAGAGUAGCCGUGGCAGCACAUUUUCUACAUCACAUACUCACUCUAGAUGAUAGGUUUGUAACCAGUCAUCCCUCCCUCUGGCCUUGUUGAAAAUACCCCAGCAUUCCUUGCACCUUCACCUGCAGUUUCACCCAAUCCCGAUUACUCAACUUUCAAAACUUGACCCUCUGGAUUUACCUGACAAAUGUCUGUUUUGUGUUGUGUCUUGUGGUUGUUUUCAGCUGCGAUGUCAGUGAACUUUCCGGUACAACUUCAGGCCACAAUAGACUGCCAGUUUUAUUCUUGGUGUUGUGAAACCACUGAUACAUUCAGGCAACGUGGUUUCCUCCUCACACUCAGCACUAGAGUUUAAAUAACUGGGUCUUUUUUUCUUCAGUAAAACAGAAUUUUUUAGGGACUGGCAAGCUUGAAUGCAUCUUAUCUUAAUUAUAAGUGACCUCUCAUUUGCAUGCUCUCAUCAUAUGUGAGGAGCACUUAGCUGAUUGAAGCCUGCAAAUAUGGACUUUUAUGAUAGAAACACUUAAGACAUUAGGAAAGUGUAAGUGGUGUGUUUUUGUCCAAAAUUAUGAAAAUUCUGUGUGAUUUUCAAAUUGCAGCAUCUUAUUUCACACUGUAUAAAAAGUUCAGAGUGGUGCGAAGCUGUUUUCCUGCAUCUGGUUAAGUAGUUUUCCAAUAGAAGUUUUGGUCUCAGCAGACGUGUGUGUGUACUUAGGACGCCUUUUGGGAAAUCAAAAGAUAGGAAAAGUUAUUUGAAUAUUUUCCUUCUCAUUAACCUCGUUGGUGGACUGGUUUGGUUGACUGAAAUUCGAUUAACAGUGAUUGAACAACGUGUCGAGUUAAGAUGUCCCCUGACACGAACCGAGGGCCAAAAGUAAAGUUGUAACAUCAUAAAUAACCUUUGGUGACUGCAGACCGUUUUAACUGAAGUAAUGAUGGAUGGGACCACAGAGGAAUAUACAUUUCAAGGGCUUUGCUGGUCCCCUGAACUGACCUUGUCAUCUAGAUCCAUCCGUCUCUGAAGUAAAACCCAAGAAAAUAUUCAGUUAGGUAUGGCACUUAUUAGGUACAAAGAAUAACUGAUGCCACUACCACUGAAGGGCAUAAAAUCAGUUCACGUAACGAAUGCAUAUUAUAUAAACCCUUUAGUAAAGGUACCUGAUUUUGUGUUGUGUGUGUGUGUGUGUGUGUGUGUGUGUGUGUGUGUGUGUGUGUGUGUGUGUGUGUGUGUGUGUGUGUGCGUGUGUGUGUGUGUGUGUGUGUGUGUGUGUGUGUAAAGGUGAAAUACACUCAGAGUGCUACGUGACAAGAGUCUGUAACUCUGCGAUAUGACAAGUAAAUUAAUUUCAACUUCAUACUUGAUUUAGUUCCAGUCAGGCAUGGUUAUAUUUUUACAAUGUUCUGCUAAGUCCAAAGCAUAUAUAACUUCAGUCUGUGGUUUUUGGCAGCCUGUAAGGGCAGAAUUUGGAACACGGUAGGUUUUCUCCACCGAUGCUGAGUGUUACUGGUGUUCGUGGGAAACCCUGCAGGAAGCCACAUUUGGUUGAGAAGUCUUAGGUAAAGUGUGAAGAUAAAAGAAGAAGAUCUUCAGGUGUCCUUGGCUCUAAAGACCCAACAGAUAAACCGAAAACUUUGUGCUAGGAAUGAUGAUUUGCAAAAUAAAUUUUGUGAAACACACCAUCCAGAGGGAAGCAAAAAUAAACGGCAAAUAAGCAUGAUUGAAGAUUAAUGUGUUCAAUGCAAUGUAAUAUUCAGCAAAUUUCCUGGGGCUUUUCAUUUCAGACGGCCUUCUCUUUGAUAAUUUCAAAUUAUUACCAUAUUAUGAAUUCAUAGCUUCCUGCAGUAGGAUUCUGUACAGCAGACACUGCCCUUCAUCUCUUGUCUGUGUAAUUGGAUUUUAUGAUGAGACAACAGGGUCUUUUACAACUCCUUUAGAUACAUUUACACUUCAUGUGUGGUUUGUCAUUUCCGGCCAGCUGACUUGAGGUUAUUGGCUGCAUUCAGCUGCACCCUAACUCCUAGAAGCUGAUUCCAAUAAUUCCAUAACUUGUGCAGUUACAUAGCAGAGAUAUAUUAUUUUUAUGUUAAUACAUUCACAGCCUUUAAACUAAUGGCCAAAGUUCAUAGAGAUUGUGUUGGAUUUAUUGGAAAUAAUCUUUAUUGGUGUCUUAACCCAGGCGUGUAAUUAUUCAUCUCUU